GGGGGGUACCUUCUUGCAGCCUGGCUGGAGGGUGGAGACUGUGGGAGCGGCAGGCAAGGAGAGGGAGGCAGGGAGGAUCUCAGCCAGGGAGAGAGAAGAGGAAGAGCAGGACAGCGUGGAUGUGUUUUGACUCUGCGUCGGGGAAACGCAUUCAACAAGGACAAGAUCUCGACGAGUCAACAGAUAAAAAAUCUUGGAUGUUGCUUCGAGUUUCCGGGACUCUUUCAAGUGGUGUUGUGAAGAGUGGGCCGAGCUCAACUCGCUGACUUGAGCUGCAGACACUGCACAGGCGGAGCGCGGCGGUGGAAGCAGACCAGACGUGCCCAUGGCGAGCAAUAACACGGCCAGCAUUGCACAAGCCAGGAAGCUGGUAGAGCAGCUCAAGAUGGAGGCCAACAUUGACAGGAUAAAGGUGUCGAAAGCAGCAGCAGACUUGAUGUCCUACUGCGAAGCGCACGCCAAAGAGGACCCGCUGCUCUCGCCAGUUCCCGCCUCGGAGAACCCCUUCCGGGAGAAGAAGUUCUUCUGCGCCAUCUUGUAAAAAAAUACAAAUAAAAUGGUGACGCCACCAACGCCAUGUGCGGCAAAGUUUGGAACGCGGACGUUGGAGCAGGAGGGAAGAUGUAGAAAUCUUUAGGAAUCUCAUCCGUGGAUGGGAAGCAUGUUGAGGGUCGGUGCUUUGAUGAUGAUGAUGCUAACGGAGUGAUGAUGGACGACCCUUCAGGCUGUGACAUCAUGUACAAAUCUAGUUAACUUUUUGUCGUUUUUCGAGGUGUGUGUGCGUGUGUGUGCGUGUGCUUCACUAGCACACAGUAGGACUGCAAACUAAAUUUCUCUCCCUCCGCUAGAUGCCACCUGACAGUUGAAACUAUGAUUUGUGGUUCCUCUUACCUGGAUAUAGCUUUCUAUAACUCUCUGUGGUUUCUUUUUUUAUUUCAUGUUUUUAAAUAUCCAUCAAGUUAGUGACAACUUUUCAGUGGGAUGUUUUGGAACACUCAAUGGUGUGGUUUUCUUCUCGACAUACAGUGCUGAGUAAGUUCAUGGGGAAAAAAACUAAUUAUGUCUACGAGACGUUCUGUUUAACGACAAUGUGAUCAAGUCUGUCUCCUUUCCCGUCACUCAAAUCUUCUUUCUACUCUUUGUACAAAAACAAAACGAUACGCGAGUAAAACUGUGAUGUGCUGUAAACUA